GGUUUUCAGGGACAUUUAAGCAGCGCGUUCACCACACGAGGACGCGAAGUAUUGUUUUCGGGACAUUACUGAGCGUUUUCUUUUACAUUGUUUACGGUUUUCUUCAUGUGUAUGACCCUGGUUUGUUUUUCGGAUUUUUGCCUUUGCCUUGCGAUUUUGUAUUAUAUUUUCUCGCUGAUUGACUUCCUGGUUUUUUCGGACUUUUGCUCUCGUUUCCUGAUUGUGUUUUUGCCUGCCGUUUCGGAUUAUUCUGCUUUCAUCUCUGCUGAUGGAUCCUACACAACCCGCCUCGGACGAGGCGUUACACUGAGCACUCAGCUCUGUCUCUACCGCCAUGUCAGAGGACCUUCAACGGGGUGGGCGAGGUUAACUUUCAGAGCACCUCCCACUGCAAAAUUAGUUGACCAAUAGAGAUUAAAGCUUCACAGCGCAGGAACUAUGGAUGAUCAGACGACCCCUGUUCGCCAGCAACAUGUUUUUAACGUAAAGAAACUGCAUCGAUAUUUGAUGGGGAGACUUCACGGCGUUUUAGAAAACACUACAUUUUCUGUGAGGCAAUACAGUUCUGGUCAGUCCAACCCAACAUUUCUCAUUCAAUCUCCACAUAAGAGCUUUGUACUCAGAAAGAAACCUCAUGGAUCUUUGCUUCCUGGUGCUCAUAAGGUGGAUAGGGAAUAUGUUGUACAGAAAGCCCUGCACUCCAUUGGCUUUCCUGUUCCUCAGCCUCUGCUUUACUGCUCAGACACAGAUGUUAUUGGCACAGAGUUUUACAUCAUGGACCACAUUCAGGGCCGUAUAUUCCGGGACCCAAGGCUACCAGGCAUCAGUGCAACAGAACGCAGUGCUCUGUAUGUAGCUGCAGUUGAGGUGUUAGCCAGACUUCACUCUGUUAAUCUCACCACCCUUGGCCUAGUAGGGUAUGGGAAAGGGGUUGGUUAUGCCAAGAGACAGGUGUCCACGUGGACAAAGCAGUACAGAGCCUCAGCCAUCAGAAGCAUUCCAGCUGUAGAUGUGCUUUCUGAUUGGCUGAGCAACAAUUUGCCGUCCAAUGAUGACCAAGUGACUCUCGUACAUGGUGAUUUUCGAAUUGACAACCUGAUAUUCCAUCCAUCAGAGGCUCGAGUGCUAGCUGUAUUGGAUUGGGAGUUAUCCACAACUGGGCAACCACUUGCAGACCUGACUUAUUUCCUCAUGCCCCACUACUGCCCUUCCCAUCUAAAUAUCAGCACUAUUCUUGGUGGAGUUACAGGGAUAGAGGGCAUCCCUCCUGCAGAAGACCUGAUCUCCAUUUACUGCCAGUGCUGUGGAAUCCCUCUUUCACUCUCACAUCAGAAUUUCUUUAUUGCCUUGGCCAUGUUUAAAAUGGCCUGCAUUGCACAGGGUAUUUAUGCAAGGUCUUUGCUGGGGAAUGCCAGUGCUCCUAAUGCGGCUCAGUUUGGCGAGAGCGUGGAACCUUUAGUUCAGCUGGCUCUGAAGAUUGCCCACAGCUCCUCAUUGGCUGUGCAAGUUCCUGAUAGGUUAUUUCUCCAGUCUGCUAAAGGUUACGCUGUCCUCCAGCAGGUUAAAGAGUUCAUGAAAAAACACAUACUGCCUGCUCAGAAGGAAGUUACUGAGUACUAUGUCAAACACUGUGAUGGCCCUGAGAGAUGGCAAACACCUCCUGUGCUGGAGGAACUAAAGGCAAAAGCUCGUGCUGCUGGACUAUGGAAUCUGUUCCUUCCUGCAGUGAGUGGACUAUCUCAGCUGGAUUACUCCUACAUUGCUGAGGAAACUGGCCGAUGCUUCUGCGCCCCUGAGGUCUUCAACUGCCAGGCCCCAGAUUCGGGGAACAUUGAGGUGCUGCAUCUGUUUGGUUCUGAGGAGCAGAAAAAGCUCUGGCUAGAGCCUUUACUGCGAGGAGACAUACGAUCCUGCUUUUGCAUGACUGAGCCAGAUAUUGCCUCAAGUGAUGCAACUAACAUGGAGUGUACCCUGCGCAAGGAUAAAGACCACUACGUCAUCAAUGGCAAGAAAUGGUGGAGCAGUGGUGCAGGCAACCCAAAGUGCAAGAUCGCCAUAGUGAUGUGCAAGAACAAGGCAUCUGACAGUAUCAGCAGACAUGAUCAGCACAGUAUGAUUUUGGUUCCUAUGGACACACCUGGUGUGAGGAAGGUCCGACCUCUUACUGUGUUUGGACAAGAUGAUGCAUGUCAUGGUGGCCAUUUUGAGAUACACUUUGACAAUGUACAUGUUCCAGCAUCCAACAUUCUUCUAGGUGAGGGUCGGGGGUUCGAGAUAGCUCAGGGUCGGCUGGGGCCAGGUAGACUGCACCACUGCAUGAGGGCAGUUGGACUGGCAGAGCAGGCACUGGAGCUGCUGUGUCAAAGAUCUGGUAGCAGAAGCACCUUUGGCAAAAGACUGUACCAACAUGAGGUGGUGGCUCAUUGGAUAGCAGAGUGUCGCAUUGCUAUUGAGCAGGUGCGACUAUUGGCUCUCCAUGCAGCUUAUAUACUCGACACACAAGGGAACAAGGCUGCAAGGAAAAAGAUUGCGAUGAUAAAGGUAGCAGCUGGCAGGAUGGCUUGUAAGGUGGUGGACUGUGCCAUUCAGGUACAUGGAGGUGCAGGAGUAUCUGAUGACGUCCCCCUUGCACACAUGUAUACAUAUGCACGAACUCUGCGUUUAGCUGAUGGUCCUGACGAGGUUCAUCUGUCCUCCAUCGCCCUAAUGGAGCUCAAGGAUCAGCUCCGACGAAGAGCUGCUAAACUCUAAACUAACCGCUACUGAAACCUUUAUUUAAUCAGUUAUGAAAUCUUAAUUCACUUUAGGCAAAUUAUAUUACUCAGCAUAAACCUAUUAAUUCUUUACUAAUAUAAGUAAUUUAUUCAUAAUUGUCAAGAGCAUUAUAGUGAUGAUGAUAAUGUGGGGUCCAAAAAUCUGAGAGCACUAGUGAAAAAGCUUCUAUUUUGCAUUCUUUUCUAAUUUAAUACAAUUUUCAUUACAAAUUAUAUUAUUGAAGACAACUUGAGUGAAAUGUAGAAUCUUUUGAAAUAUUUACAAGAAUUUCAGAGUUUCUUAGUAUUUGAUAUGUCCCCGUUUUGCUUUAAUAACAGUAUGCACUUGAACUGGCAUGGACUUCACAAGUUUGUGCAAAACCUUAUGAUCCAUUUUUGAUCAAAUCCAUUGGCAUGUCGACUGAACACAUGCUUCAAUAGAAGAGAUUAGGCAUGAGGUAAAUCUGACCUUUUGUACAAAGAAGUUAACAUGAUCAAUAUCACAACUUGCUUACAUUUAAAUAGGGAAAUAGCAGACUCUUGAAUAUUAAUUAUUUAAGAUAUUGAUAAUUUACUUUCUUUGUUUGCAAUAUUUGAACCUUCAGUUUUAUUUUCAAUUUUAAAUAAAAAAAAAAAAAUCUCAUAUUUUCAACGUGGUCUCAGACAUUUGGACCCAUUUGUGUGUGUGUGUGUGUAUGUAUAUUCACCAUCCACUUUAUUUAGAAACAACUGUACACCUGCAUAUUCAUGCAGUGAUCUAAUCAGCCAAUCAUGUAAUAGCAGCACAGUGCAUAAACUCAAGCAGAUACAUGUCAAGAGCUUCAGUUAACAUUCAGAUCAAACACCAGAAUGGAGAAAAAAUGUGAUCUCUGUGACUUUAACUGUGGCAUGGAUGUUGGUGCCAGAUGGGCUGGUUUGAGUAUUUCAGAUACUGCUUUCACACACAGCACUCUUUAGAGUUUACAUAGAAUGAUGCAAAAAACAAAAGACAUCCUGUGAGGGAAGGGUCUGCAGGCUAAAACACCUUGUUCAUGAGAGAGAUCAGAGGAGAAUGACUGGUUUAGACUGGUUUGAGCUGACAAGAAGUCUAAAAUAACCUAUUGUGUGUUCUGAGAUGCUUUUCUACUCACCACAAUUGUAAAGAGUGCUUAUUUGGGUUACUAUUACUUCCUGGCAGCUCGAACCAAUCUGGCCAUUUUCCUCCUACCGCUCUUAUCAACAAGGCAUUUCCACCCACAGAGCUGUUGCUUACUCAAUGUUUUUUGUUUUUCACACCACUCUGUGUAAAUUCUAGAAACUGUUGUGUGUGAAAAUCUCAGGAGAUCAGCAGUUUUUGAAAUUCUCAAAUCAGCCCAUCUGGUACCAACAAACAUGCCAGAGUUAAAAUCACAGAGAUCACAUUUUGUCCUCAUUCUGAUGUUUGACGCGAACAUUAACUGAAGCUCUUGACCUGUAUCUGCAUGAUUUUAUGCAUUGUGCGGCUGUGAUUGAAUGACUGGACACUGAAUGACUGAACAACUGUAUAAAUGAACAUGUGUUCCUAAAGUGAGCUUAUAGUGUACAGAGUACACAGUGUGUGUAUGUGUAUAUAUAUACUGUAUACACACACACACACCGAUCAGCCAUAACAUUAAAACCACUGACAGGUGAAGUGAAUAACAUGGAUUAUCUCGUACAAUGGCACCCGUCAAGGGGUGGGAUAUAUUAUGCAGCAAGUGAACAGUCAGUUCUUGAAGUUGAUGUGUUGGAAGCAGGAAAAAUAGGCAAGCGUAAGGAUCUGGCAAGGACCAAAUUGUAAGGGCUAGACAACUGGGUCAGAGCAUCUCCAAAAAGACAGGUCUUGUGGGGUGUUCCCAGUAUGCAUCGGUUAGUACCUACCAAAAGUGGUUCAAGGAAGGACAACCAGUGAACAGGCGACAGGGUCAUGGGUGCCUAAGGCUUGUUGAUGCUCAUGGGGAACCAAGGCUAGCCCGUCUGUUCCAAUCCCACAAAGCUACUGUAGCACAAAUUGCUGAAAAAGUUAAUGCUGGCUAUAAUAGAAAGGUGUCAUAACACACAGUGCAUAGCAGCUUGCUGCAAAUGGGGCUGCGUAGCAACAGACCGGUCAGAGUGCCCAUGCUGACCCCUGUCCCCUGCUGAAAGUGAGCAUCAGAACUGGACCAUGGAGCAAUGGAAGAAGGUGCCCUGGUCUGAUGAAUCAUGUGUUCUUUUACAUCAUGUGGAUGGCUGGGUGCAUGUGCGUCUCUUCCUGGGGAAGAGAUGGCACCAGGAUGCACUACGGGAAGAAGGCAUGUCGGCGGAGGCAGUGUGAUGCUCUGAGAAAUGUUUUGCUGGGAAACCUUGGGUCCUGGCAUUCAUGUGGAUGCUACUUUGACAUGUACCACCUACCUAAACAUUGUUACAGACCAAGUACACCCCUUCAUAGCAAUGGUAUUCCCCAAUGGCAGUGGCAUCAUUCAGCAGGAUAAUGCACCCUGCCACAGUGAAAAAAAUUGUUCAGGAAUGGUUUAAGGAACAUGACAAAGAGUUCAAGGUGUUGACUUGGCCUCCAAGUUCCCCAGAUCUCAAUCCGAUCGAGCAUCUGUGGGAUGUGCUGGACAAACAAGUCCGAUCCAUGGAGGCCGCACUUUGCAACUUACAGGACUUAAAGGAUCUGCUGCUAAAAUCUUGGUACCAGAUACCACAGCACACCUUCAUAGGUCUUGUUGAGCUUAUGCCUCAACGGGUCAGAGCUGUUUCAGUGGCGCAAGGAGGACCUACACAAUAUUAGGCAGGUGGUUUCAAUGAUAUGGCUGAUCAGUGUGUGUAUAUAUAGUAUGUAAUCCCUCAAAGAUUAUUCUGUGGUAGCAGAGCUGGUGGAAAUUCUUGCAGAUUCUGCAACUGUGCAAAUGUGAUGUACUUAUAGAAAUAAAUAUUUAACAGGUCAUUUUUAGAUUACUGGUUACUCACAUAAAACUGUUCUUUGUGCA